AUGAGCGGAAGCGCCGCCGCCGCCGCGGUCGCGGUCGCCGCCGCCUCAGCUGCCGCCGCCGCCGCCGCCGCCGCCGCGCACUUCCAGCCUCGGCCGUCGUCUCCCAGGCCGGGCCCCGCCGAGCUCGGGCCCCCGCGCCGCCCGCGCCCCCCGCCGCCCCCGCCGCCGCCCCGGCCCGAGCCUGCCGCCGCCGGCCGCCUGAGCCCUCCGGGCCACGGGCCUCUUCGGACCGGGGCGCAGGGUGGCGGCGCCUGCGGCAGAGCGUCCGGAGCAGGUAGUGUUGGUGCUUCUUUUCAGUGCCAGUCCAUCCAUCACGACCACAUUUGUCAUGAUGACAGUGACAAGAUAUCUCCCGGGGCCAAUUCAGCACCUCUGCCUGGCCAUCCUAACAAGGUGAUUUGUGAAAGGGUGAGACUUCCGAGCCUGUUCCCUCUUCUCCCAAGUGAUCAGAACACUACCGUUCAAGAGGAUGCUCACUUCAAAGCUUUCUUCUUCCAGAGUGAAGAUAGUCCAAGUCCUAAGAGACAGCGCCUCUCUCAUUCAGUCUUUGAUUAUACAUCAGCAUCACCAGCUCCCUCCCCACCAAUGCGACCAUGGGAGAUGACAUCAAAUAGGCAGCCCCCUUCAGUCCGACCAAACCAACAUCACUUCUCAGGGGAACGAUGCAACACACCUGCACGCAACAGAAGAAGCCCUCCUGUUAGGCGUCAGCGAGGAAGAAGGGAUCGUCUUUCUCGACAUAAUUCCAUUAGUCAAGAUGAAAACUAUCACCAUCUCCCUUAUGCACAACAGCAAGCAAUAGAGGAACCUCGAGCCUUCCACCCUCCGAAUGUAUCUCCCCGUCUGUUACAUCCAGCUGCUCAUCCACCCCAGCAGAAUGCAGUCAUGGUUGACAUCCAUGACCAGCUCCAUCAAGGAACAGUUCCUGUUUCCUACACAGUAACCACGGUGGCACCCCAUGGGAUUCCACUCUGCACAGGCCAGCACAUCCCUGCUUGCAGUACACAACAGGUCCCAGGAUGCUCUGUGGUCUUCAGUGGACAACACCUACCUGUCUGUAGUGUGCCUCCUCCAAUGCUUCAGGCAUGUUCAGUUCAGCACUUACCAGUACCAUAUGCUGCGUUUCCGCCCCUUAUUUCUAGUGAUCCAUUUCUUAUACAUCCUCCUCACCUGUCUCCCCAUCAUCCUCCUCACUUGCCACCACCAGGCCAGUUUGUCCCUUUCCAAACACAGCAGUCACGAUCGCCUCUUCAGAGGAUAGAAAAUGAAGUGGAACUCUUAGGAGAACAUCUUCAAGUAGGCAGUUUUACUUACCCCCCUUCGGCCCAUCCCCCAACAUUACCUCCGUCAGCUCCUUUGCAGUUCCUGACACAUGAUCCUUUGCAUCAGGAGGUGUCCUUUGGCGUACCUUACCCUCCGUUUAUGCCUCGGAGACUCACAGGACGCAGUAGAUACCGAUCCCAGCAGCCAAUACCACCUCCCCCUUAUCAUCCCAGCUUAUUGCCAUAUGUGUUAUCAAUGCUUCCAGUACCACCUGCAGUGGGCCCAACUUUCAGCUUUGAAUUGGACGUGGAAGAUGGAGAAGUAGAAAAUUACGAGGCCCUGCUAAACCUGGCGGAGCGGCUGGGAGAGGCGAAGCCACGGGGACUGACUAAAGCAGAUAUUGAACAGCUUCCUUCCUACAGAUUCAACCCCAACAACCACCAGUCGGAGCAGACUCUGUGUGUAGUAUGCAUGUGUGAUUUUGAGUCAAGGCAGCUUCUUAGAGUCUUACCCUGUAAUCACGAGUUCCAUGCCAAGUGUGUCGAUAAAUGGCUUAAGGGAAAUCGUACUUGCCCAAUUUGCCGAGCUGAUGCUUCAGAAGUGCAUCGGGAUUCCGAGUGACCAGCUGAGAGCACAGAUUUAGUUUGGGUGUUCCUCAUCACGUGUAUAUAUGGACUAUCCAUUGAACUUCACCUGUGUGGCUUCCAGCCCUCCCUUUACCAAAAGGGUCAAUGGACCUUUCUUUGCACUGUGUGACUUAAUCAACUAUAAAAGCUUACAAUUAGUCUUCACAA